CCUGGGGAGAGGAUUCUAGUCCGACGGCACGGCAGGCAGCACCAUUUAUCCCGCUGUCGGCCAUAGCAGGGGAGUGCCAAACCGUUCAAAUUAGCUGGCUAUAGCUGCAUGUGGGUCCCAUCCGCAACAAGGACGAGCUUGGGUCGCGACGCACGCAAGAUGAACCCAUCUAGGGUUUUGGAGAGCGAGAUGGCAUCUCCUUCAACAUCUAGGGUUUCUUCCAAACUAAAACCCAAACCAUCCACUUCGGUUCGACUCGCACCUGCUAUCUACCAGAAAUCAUGCCCGAUCUGCCUCCGCAGCAUCGAAGGUCACAGAGCGGCUGUGAUCAAGGUCUGUUUCCACGCUUAUUGCAUCGAUUGCAUCCGGAAAUGGAGUGAUCUGAAGAGGAAUUGCCCUCUCUGCAAUGCGGAAUUCGAUCGCUGGUUCUUUAACAUCAGGGUUUCGACUGGCGAUUUCGAGGAAGAGCGGUUGGCGGAUCUGAAAGAGAGAAAGAAGGUGGUUAUAGAAGGCGGAUUCAGACGCAGAAGGAGCGAAAUCCAUCACAGGUUGCUAAGCAGAUCUAGGGAUCAACUUCAUUCUGUUAUCCAGCGUUCUAGGCCGUUACCCUGGCGCCGCUCAUUUGGGCAGUCAAGAUUCAUGCCUUCUCAUGUGGGACAAAGAAAUCAAGCUGAACUGGUAGCAGAAAGAGUUCUUCAGUGGCGCGCUAGUAUAUACAAGAGACGGUUACAAGCAAUUCCUCUUCAUUGUCCUUCUAGGGAUAGCUUACAUCAGAAAAUACGAAAUAAUGAUGCAAAAGAGCAAAUACAGCGGCGCCUAGAACCAUGGAUCCGGAGGGAAUUACACGCCAUCCUCGGGGACUCAGAUCCAUCAGUUAUUGUUCAUCUAGCUACAUCAUUGUGGAUCUCAAGCCUUGAAGAAGAGUUCAAAGUGCCCUCAAAGACUGUUUACAUGGAAGACAAAUUUGUCCAACAGUUGAGGCCUUUCCUGCAUGAUCAGACGGAUAUGUUUUGGCAUGAGCUCAGGUGUUUUGCAGAGAGCUCUUUUACCAUGGCAGCAUAUGACUCUGUGGUUGAUUAUAAGCAGUUAGAUUAAGUGCAAGGCACAAAAAAUCAGACCAAGUGCCUGUUGAUACCUUGGGCUAUGGAUGGUGCUGCUGGCGGACAUUUGUGUUUGCUGAUCUAUCAAGUCCGGUGUGAAGGAGUGGAUUGUCUAGACAUAGUGUUCUCUGUGGAUUUCACCUUCCAAAUCCAAACCUGGUGUUUGUAGGAGUCGGCUUGGAUAUCAGCAUGGAAAAUCUCAGAAUUCAAGCUCUUAUCUACAUGCAAUUCCAUCUUACUGUUGAAAAGGUAUGCAUCUGUUUUGGUAGACAUGAUGAUGAACCGCCGAAUAACUCAUGCAUCAUCUUACCUGAGAUCCUGACCCCUUGCUUUGUGCUGAUCACAGAUAUGUAGUUGGUUGCUCUGGUAUCUGUGAGCGGCUAUCAAGAUUCAAUUAAGUCGCUUUCCUCUGAUUUUGCAUCCAAAGCAUUCAUCAGAUUUCAAAGGCGAGGGAGUCUUUUCUUCUGAUUGAGCUCUCAUGGCUCUAGUCUUUAGGGGUUGUCCUUUCCUACUGCUUGAUCAAAUCCAUUUCGGCUCAUGGAAUGCAUCUACGAUGAUCCAUGAGAGACAUGGAAGCAUACCCUCCACGUGACUGGCAUAGCUUGUAACCCUCUGCCCACGAUUGAUUUACUUCUGCAGUCUGCAAAAGAGAUGCAGUAGCAGCAGCAGGGCUGCUAGUGCACAAUACAGUACAAGGAUCUAACUGGCAGCAUCGUGUUUAAUUGGUGUUUGGAAGCUAUGUUUGUACAGGUUGGUGAGUGGAUAGAAUUACAAGUGCUCAAUUUGAUCAAAAGAGGAAAUGAAAACGUUAAUGCCAUUUGUUAGCAUUCAUUCUAGAGGGCUGAUGGCUGACAAUCCGUUCCUAUGGUAA